AUGCCUUUAAACAAACUUCCCGGAUUGGCCCCACCCGAGCCUCCACCCAAUUCUUCUUGUUCUCCGCUUUCGUCCGCGGCUUCUGGGACUGGAUCGGGAAGUGAGGAGCUGACCGAGUCGGAUUCUAGCUCGGAUGAUUUGACUCGUGCUGCAUUAUCCCAAUCGAGAUCGGCCUCUCGUCGUCAACCUAGAUCGGAUGCCCGAUCUUCGACCCCGAACCCCUCUCCGGCCGCUCGGGUUGUUCCCGCUUCUCCCGCAGCUACUGCGUUGGCUCAAGCACUGUUGCGUUCGCCUUCUCCAGACGUCCCGGAGCCUCGUUAUCUUUCGUACCCAUCCACUCCGGUCGCGGCUGUCCCCGUAGUCGAAAUUCAAGAUAAUGGCGGCGUAGAAGACGUGGAGGUAUCGCCGAUAGGGGAGACACACAGCGAGACUGGCUCUGUUAGUCCGCCUCCGGAGUCCACUGCGCUUUCGGAUCGCCAUUCGUCCGAUAGCGAAAACAGCAUCACCCUUCCGGCACGCCAAGUGGCUAACAGAGUUUUCUCUUCCGUGGACUUCGACAAUCUUCCGCCACUCCAGCAACCACGGGAUCGGUGGAUUCCCAACUAUCUGGCGCCCUCCCGACGGGUAGCUUCCGAGAUCGCUCCAUGGUCCGUUUCGCGGAUCGCGAUGGUUUGCGUGAGGACCAUGACCAUUGAGCUGUUGUUUCACCACUACUCCAAACCCAGGGAAUUUUCUGUUUCCCUUCUACAAUCAUGGACGAGCUCCGCCUACGGGGACUUGGGCUUCUGGGCUGAUCUCGCGGCAACACAUCGAGGCUCUUUACGCUUUAGCCCCUUGGGAUAA